UCCCUGACCCCCAAUGUCCCUCCCUGCCUCCCAGCCAUUUUCUGCACUGUCCUCUCCAGUCUGCCUGGGCCGCAGCCCAGUGCCCUGCCUGGCCAGCCUCCCUGGCUCCCCCUCUGCAGUGCUGAGCCGGCUCCGCCCCUUCCCCCCUCUGGUCAGGCCCUGAUCCGCUGUAGCUCAGAGGUUCAGUGCCCCGGCUCAGGCCCCAGGGGCCGAGGACAGACCUGAACACAUGAGCACCCACAGAGGCCCCUCUCCAGCCUGGGCAGAGGGACCCCCAGUGCAGGGCAUGGGGGUGGGCGGCCCCCCCAGGUUUGGGGCGCCCGCCCCCCGCUAGGCCAAGUAGAGGGGGGUCUCCCCGCUCAAUGGGCCUGGCCAGGGCCCUGCGCCGCCUGAGCGGCGCGCUGGAGUCAGGCGACAACCGAGCUGGCGAUGAGGAGGAGGCGGGGGCCGGGCUGUGCCGCAAUGGGUGGGCGCCCGGGCCGGUGGUUGGGAGCCGGCGCCGCGGGCGCUUCGUCAAAAAAGAUGGGCACUGCAAUGUGCGCUUCGUGAAUCUGGGUGGCCAGGGCGCGCGCUACCUGAGUGACCUGUUCACUACAUGUGUGGACGUGCGCUGGCGCUGGAUGUGCCUGCUCUUCUCCUGCUCCUUCCUCGCCUCCUGGCUGCUCUUCGGCCUGACCUUCUGGCUCAUCGCCUCGCUGCACGGCGACCUGGCCGCCCCGCCGCCCCCCGCCCCCUGUUUCUCACAGGUGGCCAGCUUCCUGGCCGCCUUCCUCUUCGCGCUGGAGACACAGACGUCCAUAGGCUACGGAGUGCGCAGCGUCACCGAGGAGUGUCCAGCCGCUGUGGCCGCCGUGGUGCUGCAGUGCAUCGCAGGCUGUGUGCUCGACGCCUUCGUCGUGGGGGCAGUCAUGGCCAAGAUGGCCAAGCCCAAGAAACGCAACGAGACACUGGUCUUCAGCGAAAACGCAGUGGUGGCUCUGCGAGACCGCCGUCUCUGCCUCAUGUGGCGGGUGGGCAACCUGCGCCGCAGCCAUCUGGUGGAGGCUCACGUCCGGGCCCAGCUGCUGCAGCCCCGUGUGACCCCAGAGGGUGAGUACAUCCCACUGGACCACCAGGAUGUGGAUGUUGGCUUCGACGGAGGCACGGAUCGCAUCUUCCUCGUAUCCCCCAUUACCAUUGUGCACGAGAUUGACUCAGCCAGUCCGCUGUAUGAGCUGGGGAGGGCAGAGCUGGCCCGGGCUGACUUUGAGCUGGUGGUUAUUCUUGAAGGCAUGGUUGAGGCCACAGCUAUGACUACACAGUGCCGCUCAUCUUACCUCCCGGGUGAGCUGCUCUGGGGCCAUCGCUUCGAGCCAGUCCUCUUCCAGCGGGGCUCCCAGUAUGAGGUUGAUUAUCGCCACUUCCAUCGAACAUAUGAGGUCCCAGGGACACCAGUCUGCAGUGCCAAGGAGCUGGAUGAACGGGCAGAACGGGCUUCCCACAGCCCUAAGUCGAGUUUUCCCGGCUCCCUCGCUGCAUUUUGUUAUGAGAAUGAACUUGCUCUGAGCUGCUGCCAGGAAGAAGAGGAAGAUGAGGAUGGUAAGGAGGGGACUUCGGCAGAAACCCCAGAUAGGGCUGCCAGCCCCCAAGCUGUUACACCAACUCUGGCACUGACCCUGCCUCCAUGACGCAG